AAAAGAGACGAUACCACGUGACUAUUAUACGUGAUGACGCACGUUUGCGUGCGCCGUUAAAGAGACAGCGCUCUGCUCUGUGGGCGCGCUCGCUCUCAUUACGUUGAUACUAAUUUGCCUUUGACGUCAUUGUUGUUGAAAAAAUAAUCUCACUGAGAUGAGUUUUAAUAAUUUUCUGAUAACAGUAUGAAAUAAUUUUAUAAACCGCACAUUAUUACUAUUUUUUAUCCAAAUGUACGUGUGGAUAAAUGCACUGUAGCCUAUAUUAAAAAUGAAAAUGUCUCAUUAUUUUUCACAUUUUGGCUGCAUAAUUCAACGAAUGGGCCUAUUAUAAAAUAUUGAAAUAAUCUAGAGGUCUAAAAACAUUUAAAAAAAAACAGCACAAUCAAUGGACAGACAUUUUGGUAAUCUGACACCAUGCACAUUAGUGCGAAGGUUCAUGCUGUAAUUUGGACACAGAAAGAAUGGGUGAGAGAGAGAGAGAGAGAGAGGGCGAGAAAGAGAGAGGGGGAGAGAGAAAGAGAGAGAGAUAGAGAGGGGAGGGGAAAAAGCCAUCCUCUCCUGUGAAUCCAUCAGUGGCAGGCAAGAGACGGAUGAAAGCUCUCCUCCCUCCAGCCCUGUUGCAUCCAUCUAUCCAUCCUUCUCUCUAUCCAAUCGUUCAUCCUCAAGGGCGUCACACAGGGGGUUGACGAGACCCGACGGAGAGGUGCAUACAUGCAUGCAUGCAUGUUUGCGUAGAUCCUCAUUGUAUGUAGGCUGCGUUAUAGCGUCUGCACUGCGCGUGGAUCCGCUGUCAUGAGGAGCUGAAACAGAAACGACAGGAGGAUGAAAAUGCUCCGGUUUCGCAGCCCCAGCAUCCGCUCCUUGGACCAGGAGGUCCUGUGCACGAUCAGGUUACUUGACGACUCCGAGAUCUCCUGCAGCAUCCAGAGGGACACCAAAGGUCAGUUCCUGUUGGAUCAUGUGUGCAACCACUACAACCUGCUUGAGAAAGACUACUUCGGUAUUCGAUACGUGGACCCCGAGAAACAGAGGCACUGGCUGGAGCCCAAUAAGCCCGUGGUGAGACAGAUGAAGUCUCAGCAGCCGUACAUGAUGUGUUUCCGGGUCAAGUUUUAUCCUCACGAGCCAAUGAAAAUCAAGGAGGAGCUAACAAGGUAUCUCCUGUACCUCCAGCUGAAGAGAGACAUCUACCAUGGUCGUCUCCUCUGUCCUUUUGCUGAAGCUGCAUAUCUGGGAGCGUGCAUCAUACAGGGUGAGCUCGGAGACUACGACCCAGAGGAGCACCCAUCAGACUAUAUCAGAGACUUCAAGUUGUUCCCAAAACAGUCCCUCAAACUGGAGAGGAAGAUUAUAGAAAUACACAAGAACGAGCUGAGGGGUCAGUGUGCUUCUUUUGCAGAGUUGAACAUGCUCCAAAGAGCUCAUAGCCUGGAGACGUACGGAGUUGACCCUCACCCCUGCAAGGAUUUCACAGGCUCCACAGCGUUCCUCGGAUUCACAGCCACAGGUUUUGUGGUCUUCCAGGGGAACAAGAGGAUCCACCUCCUCAAAUGGAACGACGUGAGCAAGCUGAAGUUCGAGGGGAAAACCUUUUACGUCAUCGGGAUUCAGAAAGAGAAGAAACUGGUGUUGACAUUUCACACAUCGACCCCUGCAGCGUGUAAGCACUUAUGGAAGUGUGGGGUGGAGAACCAGGCCUUUUACAAGUGUGCAAAGUCGAGUCAGAUAAAGACAGUUUCCAGCAGCAACAUCUUCUUCAAAGGCAGCAGGUUCAGAUACAGUGGAAAAGUAGCAAAGGAGGUGAUAGAAGCCAGCUCUAAGAUCCAGAGAGAGCCACCAGAGGUGCGCAGAGCCAUGUUCGGUCAGAGUCGAAGCUUUAACUCUCUGAGCCAUAAAAACCUCAUCAUGAACAUGGAGCCGCUGGUACCUGCACUGCCCUCCACUAACGAGUACGAGGAGACGGCCACAGACAACGGUGUCGUAGCCAUGAAGGACUCCGUCCCUUUGUCUCCUCUCAAACCUUCAGCUGCAACCGCUGACACACAGCAACAAAACACUGACGGAGGAGGAAACUCUGCUUCGAGCAAUGACCUGCAGCCCUCCCGUGUUUCCAUGGAAACCUCAAAUCUCCGACCUCAGACGCCCAAAGCCAAUGAUGAAGCAGAGGAAGACAAGGAGGGCGGCGGCCCCCUCACCAUUUCGGAGCUCGUCUACAGCCCCUGUGCCAGCAUGUUGCCCACCCCUGUGGAAGACAGUCAGGGCGGGGUGGACCUCCUCUUCUCCUCCCCGGUGCAGAGCCCGGCCCGGCUCCUGAGGGAGCUUCACUCAGACCCGGAUAUCCAGGCCCAGCUGGAGGCCGAGAGGGAGCGGGACCGGGCCUACGAGCGCACGCGCCUGGCGUCGAGAAGCAGAGUGAGCGGCGUCCUGAGCAGCAGCCUGCGCCUGCUGUCGUCCAACGAGAGGGUCAACACGUGCGUGCUCAGCGUGGCCCGCUUCGUUGCCGUGGUGAUGGGCGUGCUGCUUGUCACUGUGCCCACGUUGCUGCUGCUGCUGGAGUCGGACAUUGACGUGUCGUUCCUUCACGAGAUCCGCCAGACGCCGGAGUUUGAGCAGUUUCACUACGAGUAUUACUGCCCGCUGCGGCGCUGGAUCCUGUGCAGGAUCAGCAUGGCCAUGGAGCACCUGUGGUCAGACUGAAGAGAGAGAGAGACAGAAGUCACUGCAGGGAAACAAAUAAGGUCAAAUGUUUGUCUUAACACGUAAUUAUAAUCUUAUAUUCAGUUUCAACAGCAGGAGAGAGAGUCUGCCAAUAGGACGAGAGCAUUUUCACAUCAGUUAAUUUUGACGGUUUAUAAGAUUUCAGUCAACCGGUCAAAGAGAAACUAUAUAUUUCAUUGAGUAACCCUGACAAAAGUAGAUUUGUUUCACCUCAUUGGCAGCAUCUUUUACUGUCUUUAAGAAACGAGAGAUGAAAGAGAAAUAACAUUUCACUUAUAGGAUCCAGUUAUUUGUUACGACAAACAUUUAUGGCGGUGAUGGACUUCACAGAAAAAGGCAAAAAAAAAAAUACUGCAAGUGUAAAAGGAAGAGCCAGAUUAUGGAAACAGUUUGUGUUAAUUAAAAGAUGAGGGAAGCAACGGACGGAGAGAAAGUCAC